AUGGAUCAUGUCAACCAUUCCUGGACCCAGAGUUUCAUCCUUGCUGGUUUCACUACCACUGGGACCUUACGAUCUCUUGCUUUCUUGGGGACCCUGUGCAUCUAUCUCCUUACUCUUGCAGGGAACACAUUCAUUAUUGUCCUGGUUCAGGCAGAUUCUGGACUGUCCACACCCAUGUACUUCUUUAUCAGUGUCCUCUCUUUUGUAGAGGUCUGGUAUGUCAGCACCACAGUGCCCACACUGCUGCAUAGCUUGCUACAUGGGUGUUCACCCAUCUCAUCAACUGCGUGCUUUAUCCAGCUAUAUGUCUUCCAUUCCUUGGGCAUGACUGAAUGCUACCUGUUGGGUGUCAUGGCACUGGACCGCUACCUUGCCAUCUGCCGCCCUCUGCACUACCAUGCACUCAUGAGCAGACAGGUCCAGUUAUGGCUGGCUGGGGCCACUUGGGUGGCUGGCUUUUCAGCUGCACUUGUGCCAGCCAGCCUCACUGCCACUCUGCCUUUCUGCUUGAAGAAGGUGGCCCAUUACUUUUGUGACUUGGCACCACUAAUGCGGUUGGCAUGUGUGGACACAGGCUGGUAUGCUCGAGUUCAUGGGGCAGUGAUUGGUUUAGCAACUGGGUGCAACUUUGUGCUCAUUUUGGGACUCUAUGGAGGCAUCCUGAAAGCUGUGCUGAAGCUGCCCUCAGCUGCCAGUCGUGCCAAGGCCUUUUCCACCUGUUCUUCCCAUGUGACUGUGGUGGCACUAUUCUAUGCUUCUGCCUUCACAGUAUAUGUAGGCUCCCCUGGGAGUCAACCCGAGGGCACAGACAAGCUUAUUGCCUUGGUGUAUGCCCUGCUUACUCCUUUUUUCAACCCCAUCAUCUAUAGCCUUCGCAACAAGGAGGUGAAGGAGGCUGUGAGGAGGGUCACUGACAGGAUUGGAACUAUUUUGAGGGAACCCUGA